AUGGCCGCAUCCUGUCCUAUACUGCCUUCUUUUACCUUUGUCAUUGAUGGCGGGAUCCGACGUAAACGAAUCGGCAAAAAGUCCACAUCAUCCACCGUUCCAUCGAGGACGUCAGCAAAGAAGCCCGAUCCGUCGCCAGUAAAAGAGAAAAGUGGGCAGGGUCCAUUGGAUUCAGCGUCACCGAAUCGUUCCAAGCAUAAUCAACUGAAUAUUGUUCCUUCAUGGUUGCCCACCCAUCGCUGUGAGAAACCGCCUUAUUCUUAUGCAACCAUGAUCGCCCAUGCUAUUCUUUCAAGCACCGAUAAACGAUUAACCCUAGGCGAGAUCUACCACUGGAUAGCCGAUCGCUAUCCCUUCUACAAAUUGGGCGAACAAGGAUGGCAGAAUUCCAUUCGCCACAAUUUAUCGUUGCAUAAAGCGUUUGUAAAGUUGCAUCGCCCCGCUGCUCCAACCAGCGUCGCUGGGAAAGGCAAUUUCUGGACUCUCCGAGAAGAAUUCGAG